AACUCGGGCCCAGACAGUCCUGAAAUUAGCGGUGUUUCCGACGCACACGCGGACAGACCCUCUUGAUUCUUCUCCCUGUAGACAGUACGUGAAAGUACUUACAUAAAGAAUAACGAUGUUGAAGUUCAGCCUGGCUUUAGUCGCGAUCGUCGCCGUCGUCGCCGUACACGCGGCCGAGGAGAAGAAGGACGAGGACAGGCCCAAGACUUACCGAAGGCUCAUCCCCGCUGAUGUGCUCAGGGACUUCCCCGGCAUGUGCUUCGCCUCGACCAAGUGCGCGACGAUCGAGCCCAAGCAGUCCUGGGACCUGGCCCCCUUCUGCGGUCGUUCGACCUGUGUCCCAGCCGACGACAACAGCGGCCGUCUCUUCGAGCUCGUCGAGGACUGCGGACCCCUGCCCAAGGCCAACCCCAAGUGCAAGCUCAGCGAAAAGACCAACAAGACCGCCCCCUUCCCCGACUGCUGCCCAGUCUUCGAGUGCGAGGACGGCGCCAAGCUCGAGUACCCCGAGAUCCCAACCCUCCCCCCACCAACCGCUGAGGAAGCCGAGGCUAUCGCCAAGGCCGCCGCUGCCGGCAAACCCGCCGCUUAAGAUCGCUGAUCUCGGCUUUGGCCUGUCUUUCCUCUCGAUUACGUAUUACGCAACUGUGAUCCUUUAUCGAGUGGUAACGCCCCGACGGCAAGUCUGAGAAAAGACGAUGGGAUGGGAAUAAGUCGGGAGGGAAGACGGGAUGGAAGGGAAAAAUGAAUACGCAUACUUAAUCCCGGCCUCGUGAGAGAGGGCCGCGGAACGAAGCAUAUACACUUUCUUACAAGCUAUGUGCGAAAAAAAAAAGAAGUAAAAAAUAAAACCUCGGUCGCUCGUGCGCGAGCGACGACCUUUUUUUUUUAUUAUUAUUAUUUUUAUUACUUAUUAUUGUUUUACUAUACGUGUAUUACUAUACCCGCGAGUAUAAAUGAUCAUAUUCAGCUGUGAACAUCACUGUUUUGGACACGACGAAAAUGCGAAGCUAUAAUAAAUGUUUGUAUACCGAAAUAAGUACACGAUGCACACACACACGCACACUUUGUAAUGUUUUAUACAAAUGAAUCGUUGAUAAAUUGUGUCCGAUACGAAGCGCUUAUUCUGUGUAUGACGAAAGAAAUUUUUGUUAGAAUUUCUACGCAUUAUUGUACACCUAUUAUACAAAAGGAAAACCACGUGUGAUUGUAAUUUUAAUGUGAUUGAAUUAAAAGUACGUAUUUAAUUUCAUUAAAAAA